CCUAAGCUAGAAACCAAUAGUGGCAAUUAUUGUUCGGAGGCCAUCGCCGCUGGUGGGCGGUGGCUUCCCCUUCCCCUGUAUUAGCAGCGAGGAGGCAGCAGCUGAAGCUCUCGUCUCUGCCUCUCCGGACCUCCGGUGAACUCCAACAGAGACCACCUCCUCCAUCCGUCGGUCAUCCAUCUGUGAUUCCUUUUGCGUGUGCAAGUUGUUAAAUCGGCACACGGCCUCCGCUUUUGGAGUGGAGAGGGGCAUAUACGGUUUACUGGUGCGCCCGGGGCCGCCGCUUUUCCCGCUGGCCUCUCCCCGGCCGUCCCAUUGGAGCGCGCAAAGCUGGGCGGCACCAUUUAAAGAAGCAAACUGCACUCCACCAUUAGCAGCACCAAGGCACCACCACCAAGCGCACCGCCACGCCACACGAUCUAUAACGCGCAGGCAGGCGAGGAUCAGACCGGCCGGAGCUUGCCUUCUCCGUUGGGGUUCCUGCUUGCCGCGGCGCGAGAACAGAUAUAUUGGAUCGGAUUUGUGCCGGGUUCUUGGAGCAGUAGGCACCAAACUGGUCCAGGUUGGGCAAAAAUGCAGUUUAACCAGUAGCUAACGGAGCUCUCUCAUCUUGUACUGUGGCAUUUCUUAAGUUGUCUGGAAGCUGAAUCUCCAAGGCUGGAAGAUCCAACAUCUGUUCUUGAAAAUUUACUGUACCUGCAAAUGGCAGACGAUCCUAACAUGAAUUUUGGGGCAUUCUCCCAGUCACUCUGCAACCAGCAUGUAGUUUCAUUUCAGACAAGCGUAGCCACUAGCGGCUCAGGAGGCAUGCCAACAUACCUGGAUUGUUCCACUGGGAUGGAUGCCAGCGUGGGGAUGCUGACCACACCUUCAGUGGUUGUUUCCACUGGUUCAUCUAAUAUGCCAGCAGAUUCCGGGCAGAGCCUCAAAUAUGGAGGGCCACUGGCUGCGGAUUGGACACAGGUCGAGCUUGAAAUUCUGAGAGAUGGCAUGGAGAAAUAUGUUCAUGAACAAGGCAUCAUGAAGUAUAUAAAGAUAGCAGCAUCGUUACCGAACAAGACAGUAAGAGAUGUCGCAAUGAGGUGCCAGUGGGUAGGGAAGAAAGUAAAUACAAGACGAAGGAAACCCCAAGAACACCAUACUGGGAGAAAUACAAAAGAAAGAAAGGAUAAAUUUGUAGAGCCUGCGCUGUGGGGAACAAAUCAUCCUCUUCAAACAGGCAUGACAGCCUCUUCAUUUGUGCCGCAUAAUGGCCAAAACGCUAUGUUUAUAUCUGGAGCCUCAGAGAUAGAUCGUCCAGUGCUGCAUCUGCUGGAGGAAAAUAAUAGGCUUCUUAAUCAAAUCGAAACAAAUAUUCAGAGAUUUCAGCCUCAUAACAACAUCGAUCUCUUCCAUCGGGCAAGAAGGAACAUUAAUGAUCUUGUACAAAUCACGACCCAACUGCCUGGGCUGAGGACCAAGAUGCCUCCACUUACUGUGGCAAUAGAUGAAAAUCUUGCUAGCUUCGUGCUUCCUGGCAUUACAAUGGAUCAAGUUCUUGGAAGCAACGAUUUGAAGGAGGAGCCAAGAGGAUGGUAGAUCCACUGCCAGCAUGUUUCAGUUUAUUGGUAGAUGGAUGGACCAUAUGGAGAACUACUGCUUCAUUUUGCACACCAAGUGGCGGUGAAUAGGGUCACCAUUCACCAAGGACCCCCUGCUUUCUCUAUCUGAAAGCGAAAGGAGAGGUGGAUGAAACCGUUCAGCUGCCCUGCAGCUACCCUUAGACGUUGGUGGCUACACAGCGAGGGUUUUAGGAACUGCAGUUUUUGUGGCCUUGCUGCACCUGUAAAAAACUGUGAUUCUUUCUGGUUUCCCCUUCAGACAGUAGGGUAAAUAGAUGUAGCGGAGGAAGCUCACAAGAACUAGCUAAAUAGUUCUCUCUAGAAGAAAAAAAAUGUCGCUACAUAGCAAGAAGGAUCCUUUUUGCCUGUCGCCAUUUGCUGCUAGUUCUUCCUUCAUGUGAACGUGAUCUAAGUUCCUAGUUCUCUCUUAUCCGUGCUCCGCCUUUGUAUCCACGAACUGGAAAUAUAGAUUUCUGAGUA